AUGAGUGUCUCCAGCUCUUACCAGAAGCAAGCGCGAGCAUUGCUCGCCAAAUUAGCAGCACAGUGCUCUUCAAUCUCGGGAAAAGGGUUCGGGUCAAUGUCUUCUUCAUUAUAUGAUACAGCAUGGCUUUCUAUGGUGAAAAUUCCCAAGACGAAGUCUGGAAACAACUCAGCUAGCGUGUGGUUGUUUCCAGAAUGCUUUGAGUUUGUGUUGGCACAACAGCUACCGUCUGGUGCUUGGGAGUCUUAUGCCACGCCAGUCGAUGGAAUUUUGAAUACAGCAGCAGCCCUACUAUCUCUGGUUCGGCACUUGCAGGUUCAGCCUGACAGCCAUGACUGGCAGCUCAGAUCCCAGAAAGCUCAGGUUGCACUCAAGAAGUUAUUGAAUGAAUGGGACAUGGACUCGACGGACCAGGUUGGGCAGGAGAUUCUGAUUAUUUCACUCCUGGGUCUACUUGAAGGCGAAGGUGUUUCGAUAAAAUUUCCACAACUUAGUGCUCUGCGCGCUGUGCGAGAUGCCAAGCUGGCCAAGAUUCCGCCUUCGACGAUUUACAAAAUGAAAUCCACUUUGUAUCAUUCUCUCGAAGCUUUUAUCGGCCACAUUGAUUUUGACAAUGUCAGUCAAUGGCGAGAGCGAAAUGGUUCAAUGAUGAACUCUCCUGCAGCUACGGCUGCAUAUCUGAUGAACGUUUCAGUUUGGGACCCUCGGUCCGAAUCCUACCUUAGAGACGUCGUAAGUCGAGAUAAUGGGAUUCACGGUGGGGGUGUGCCAUGUGCCUGGCCAACGACUAUAUUUGAAAUCAGUUGGGUCAUCCCCACACUUGCGGCAGUCGGUGUGUCGGCAAACCCGUCUGAUACAUCAGUACUUAUAAACCUACUACAAAAUACACUGGAGCAACAGAAGGGACUUCUUGGUUUUGCUCCCGGGAUCUUGCCAGACGUGGAUGACACGUCCAAGGGCUUGGAGACCUUGUGUUACCUAGGUCAUAGCAGCAGCGCCGAAGGCGUUAUUCAGGCAUUCGAAGGCAAAGAACACUUUUUGACAUAUCGGGGAGAACGUAACCCUAGUUUUAGUGCCAACUGCAAUGUUCUCAUCUUCUUUUUGGACCGGGACGACCGCGCUCAGUACGUGCCGCAGAUUAGCAAAACAGUCCAGUUCCUGGCAAGCCAAGCAUUCAACGAGAACGUGAAGGAGAAAUGGCACCGUAACAAUCUAUAUUGGAUGAUGCUGAUGGCCCGCGCUUUCGAUCUCCUCUACCGCAAUGGAGAGGUUGCUCAGAUGGUAUUUGAAGAGAAUCCCAGUCUAAAGGAGCAAAUACCCAUGAUUUUGCUUCAGAUCCUUAUGCGCAUACUUAAUACUCAGCAAAAGAAUGGUUCUUGGGCUGGAGUUUGCGAAAUAACGUCAUACAGCAUCUUAGCUUUAUCAUCGUUGCUCAAAUUGCCUUUUGUUAGACAACUAGAUAAGGGAAAGAUCAUAUCCUCUGUCGCCUUGGGGAAGUCUUUCCUCCAUUCACACAGAGACGAAUGGACUAAAGGCCAGUAUAUGUGGAUUGAAAAGGUGACAUACAGUUCGGGCAUACUAAGCGAAGCAUACUGCUUGGCUGCCUCGCUAGUCGAAGUACCUUUCUUGGUGGAACCCGAAACCGUUUCUAUGAUCGGAGCGUCCCUGGAAGGCAAAGGGUUCCUAGUUCCCGAAAAAGUCCUGAUGGAUAUGCACAAGACCGGGGAUCUUAUGGCUCUCACUGCUCUGUUCCGUGACACAAAACCAAGCACCUUCCAGAUUGCCGAGAUGCAGGCGUGCUUUGCUCUGCAAUCCUUGCAGCGGCACCCGACCAACAUCUUCCCACGGACAGCAAAGGGCAAAGACAAGUACGUCUUUAUCAUACCGCUAGCACUCAUAUUAUGUGCAGCGGCCCGUGGCUGCUGCACCAGUCUCUCCGUUCUGUACGAGAUGAUGGUAUUGUCUAUCUUGAAUUUCCACGCAGACGAGUAUAUGGAGGGCAUUAUAGAAAGAUACUUUGAAACAGAUUUAGAUUCUGUUCGCCAAGUUGUUAGGCAACUCUUUACGGAUCCCCACAUCACCCCUCAGAGCAAUGUAGCCAAUUGUAAGACCAAAGACUUGAACAAUGGCCAUGAUGAGGCUGAUUUUAGUGUAAAAAACGUUGGAUCGUCUUCUAACAGCCAUAUUGAUGGUAUUUUUGACCCAGGCCAGAAAACCGGCUUGGGAGAUAGGCCCUCGCUGGAGAAUGUGAAGAGUGUGCUCUCUCAAUUCAAAAGGCAGAUCAUGGAACACCCGGCUGUCCUAUCAAGUCCCGGCCGGCUCCAAGCGCGGCUUGCUUCAAAUCUACAGACCUUCCUCCUAGCGCACAUCAUGCAGGCCGAAGACAACUAUCGUCUACGUGCACAAUCGAGACCUCAUGAGAAUGGGAGUAUCCAUAAUGGAGGCGAUUAUGCCCACGAGGUCAACAAAAAUCAGCCUCUACAGUACCGCAAUCCGAAUCGAUCCUUCUACUCCUGGGUGCGGGGUACUUCGGCCGACCACACCUCUUGCCCGUUCUCCUUCAUCUUCUUUGAGUGUCUAGUACUCCAUGCCUUAUCUAGCACCAAGCAGACUCGCACUAUCGGCACAUUAGUCUCUGCACGAACUACAUAUCUUUCUGAGGACGCCUGUCGUCACCUGUCCAGCCUUUGUCGCAUGUACAACGACUAUGGAUCGCUAUCACGCGAUGCGGAGGAGCGUUCCCUCAACUCCGUCGGCUUUCCCGAGUUCUGGGAUUGCGCUGAGAAAACUGAAUUCGCCAGUAACGAUGUCAAGUCGGAGCUCCUGUGGAUUGCUGAGUAUGAACGGCGCGGGCUAGAUAUGGCGAUGACAUUGUUGGAAAAGGAACUGGGACAUGGCGACCUGAUGGAUGCUCUACGACUAUUCGUCGAUGUUACGGAUCUCUAUGGUCAGAUAUAUGUGUUGAAGGAUGUUGGCACGCGCACUCAGUAA